AUGGGCAUCAAACAACUGGGCAAGUUUCUGAAGAGCAGCUGUGCAUCAGCGAUGAGCCAUCACUCCUGUGCCUCUGAAUACAAGGAGGCCGUGGUGGCCAUUGAUGUGAGCCCUUGCCUCUAUCAGUGUAUGACUGCCAUGGGGGACACGCCCCCGGGUGUACAACCUGGAAGUGAUCUGGACACCAGUCACAUUGUGGGACUCUUCCGACGAAGUGUGAGGCUCCUGGAGUUGGGCAUCAAACCCAUCUUCGUUUUUGACGGCGAAGCACCGGAGAUGAAGAGCCACGUGCUACAGCAGAGGGCCAAGAAUCGCGCACGCUCCAAAGAGCUCCUCGAGGAGGCUCAGGCUGUGGGUGAUGAAGAUGCCGUGAAGCGCUACGGGGCCAGGACACGGGCGGUGCUGGCGCUCUUCAGCACCAUUUUGCUGUUGGGAUUUCUGCUGCUGGAGUCACAGAUGAUCGACAGUCCCCGGCGCGUGGACUUUGACGCAAUGCUUGCGGAGCUGAAUUCCUUGAAGCAAAAUGUCAGCGACCUACAGCGCCAGUUGCACCGAGUGGAGCAGAAACUCCCCAAAGAGAGGGAGAACUAUUCAAUGACACACGACAGGAGGGUGCCAUUCACCGCAAGAUGCGGCGAGAUGUACAAAUCUUUGUUACCUGUGACGAGCCGGGACCUGAAGGCAUGUCGCGUCUUCCGCUUUAUCCACGUGGCGAAGAAUGGGGGCACGGCCCUGGAGGAAUGGCUGGAAAAUAAUGAUCUCCAAUGCUUACUCAUGAAGGGAUCCUUUGAACAUGUUGAUAUGCAAGUCGAAUUUCCAACUCGUUCAAAAGGCACCUGCUAUUUGACGAUGGUACGAGAUCCUGUGGAGCGAUGGAUUUCAGGAUUCCUCAGUCGUUGGCGGCAGGGCUGUCCCUCGCAUUGCAGCAACUGGACCAAAGCGGAAGAAAAGGUCUUCCAGAUGUUCCAAACACCUAACCAGCUGGCAGAAGCCUUCAGCAGCCCCGAUCCCCAGCUCCGAAAUGCGGCAGACAUGGCGCAUUCCACCAUUCAUCAUUUGUAUCGUGGAUAUGCCACCUACUUCCCCUAUGGCAAGAUCAUGUUGCGUCACUUGCUUUUCGCGGGUCUAACCUGCAACCUGGAAACUGAUGCCUUUGCAAUGCUCCGGGCCAUUGGUGUCCCUGAUGAAUCUUUGUUGGGCGUAUCACCAAUCAAGCGAGUGCAUCAAAAUCCGGUAUCAUAUCAGGAUCUUCAAACUGGGCUCUCUGCACAAGCUUUGCGGAACAUUCAGCGCAAGGUGAAAGAUGAUUAUGAUGUUCUGAAACUUAUGGUGGAGGAAAACAUCAUCGAAUCUCAGAACAUCAGCAGCAUAUGCCAGGGAGGUUUGGAUUGCACCGGAAGGUUGGUGAAGGCCACUCAGAGGCACAACGACGAAGCCAUGGAGUUGCUACGUACGAUGGGUCUCCCGGCGCUGCAAGCGCCAGGGGAGGCGGAACGGCUGUGUGCCCAACUGGCGCUGAGUGGCCAGGCCAAGGCGGCAGCCACCGAGGACUUUGACGCUUUGGUCUUUGGGGCUCCAAAGCUGCUGAGGAAUCUCCACCAUGGUAGCGCUUCACCGCAACUUCCCCUGGUGCAGGAGAUCCGGCUUCCUGAGAUCCUGGCGCAGCUUCACUUCUCGCAGCUGGAGUUUGUGGACUUCUGUAUUCUGGCCGGCUGUGACUACCUCCCAACCAUUUCCAAGGUGCAAAUGCUGCAGAAUGCCUGUGAUGUCAUUCAGAAUGUUCCCCAAACUCUGGAUGCUUGUGGAGAUAAGGAACAAGCUGCAGCUUUAGCCUUGAUCCCAUCAGUGGAAGCAGAGCGACUGGGUGUGUGUCCACUUGCCGAUCUGUUGGCCGCAGCGAAGUGUGUGGAGAUCAUCCUCCCGGAUACCGAGACGCAGCGCCGGGAGUGGAAGGUCUCGGAUAUCGUGGCUGAAGAGCCGCAAGCCUCACAGGCACCAGUGCGCCGGGACACGGAGCGUGGGCCCCGCCCCUCCAAGCCUGAGCGUUGUGUGUACGUGGCGCGAAGCGACAGGAUGAAGGAGGCCAAAAAUUCCAGGCCCUCCGCAAGGCUGUCAGAGUACUCGAGCUCCUAUUCAUCUCUAAGCGUCAGCCAACGCCCGGGUCGCCUCUUGGCCGCUCGCCGGGUCGAUCGGAUGGAUCGCAGCAGCCCCGUGGCGAUGUCGGAUCCGCUGGGCAAGAGCCAUCGCCAUCGCCAGGAUCAGCUUUCAGCCAGCCUCAAGAUGCGCGGCCCCAUGCUGCAGCGCGGUUCCGGUGGCGUGCCCCCGGGCCGCAACUAUGCGUCGCACGUGGCGCAGCCGGCACCGCCCAGCGUAUCCAGCGUGGCACCGGCACGGCAGGUGUAUCCGCCUUGGAAGACUUUGGGAUAUCCAGUGCGCACAAGCAUGUCUCCGGAGAGGUACCCAAGCAAGCUGAUUUCUGCCUCCGUGGCAGCUCCCACGGCGACCAUCUCCACGGCGUCCCGAGCAUCUUCCCCGGCACAAUCCAUGGUACCUCACCUGCAUGGCGUGCACGGCGCUCCCGUGACCUCUAUGGCUUCGCUUGGAGCUCCUGUGCCUGUGCCCAGGACGUUCUCAAGACAGGCAUCCAUGGACCGCAGCCAACAAUGGGUGAGCGUGAACGCCGUGAAUCGAGAGCGCAGCGACCUUGGGACUUUCACAUCUCCUGUGAUGGUGCGAGAUCAACGAGGAGUCAUUUGCCAAGCAUGGGCACCGGUGGCACAAGCCCCUCAUCGCAUCGUGGGGUACGGUACCUAUCGCCCUGCCAUGGCACCUAUGAGUGCGCCAAUGCGCGCCUUUCCCGUACGACAGUGCCAGGGGCCUGUGAUUUAUGGAGCGGACAUGCAAUGGGGCAAUGGGGCCAUGGGUCCGACCGUGAUGGUGAAAAAGGGGUAA